AUGCUUUCCCUGCUCUCCCAAUCUCUGCAUUUUGUGAAGAACUUUGGGCACACCCAAGGCCAUGGAGGAUUCCUGAACAUCUUUUCCCGCCAACGCCACCAGCUGGCUCCGCGUCAAGUGAAACACAUCAAGCGUCAUAAAGGCCGGAUACCAAUACCUAUCGGAGGCUCGACAAAGGGCACGACGCUCGCGUACGGCGAAUGGGGGAUCAGGAUCAAAGGAAACGGGGUCAGACUGAGCGCAAAACAGCUCACGACAGCCGAGGAAGUCAUCAAGCGGAAAAUAAAAGUCAUCAAGGGAGCCAAAGUGUACUUGCGCGUGUUCCCGGAUAUUCCGGUCUGCAUCAAGGGAAACGAGACGCGUAUGGGCAAGGGCAAGGGGACGUUCGAGUUCUGGGCGACGCGGGUACCCAAAGGACGAGUCAUCUUCGAGAUUGGAGGGUCGCCCAUUCGAGAGGAGCUUGCUAGAGAUGCCCUGCGGCAGGCGGCGGACAAACUGCCAACGAAAAUGGAGUUCAUCAGUCGGGCGACGCCUCCUCGGUUAGGGAACCUCGUACUGCACGCACCCAAGCCUGUAGUUCCAGAGUCCCUGACAGCGGACUCGAUACAGCAAACACUUUAG